CUCGGUAAAAGUCGCCCCACAUUCCGUGCUGCGUACCGCGUACGAAAAGAGAGCACUGUAGCCGUUCAGGUAGGGUGCCCAUAGCCGAGGUUGCUGGGUGAUGGAGGCAGUGUUGACGUUCCUGACCUGAUCAUGUCCCCCUCCUCCCGGAGCCACCCAGCAAAAGACUCUACCUCGUAUUUUUACGUGGUAGUACCCCCAGGUACGUGGCUCCUGCGAACUUGGGACAUUCUCGUCCCAGCAUCAGUCGCAGGCCCCCUCGAGACAGACAUCGGACGAUGAUGAAUCUUUCCAACUUGUUGGCCGUCUUGCUUGUCGGCGCUGGGGUGUCAGCAUUGACCUUGCCCCAGGCUCGCAGCCCUGCCCCGGCCGAGUCGUCACGGCAGCAACAGCAACAGCAGCAGCAGCAGCAGCAGCAGCAGCAAGCGCGAUCUGUGCCGGCUGGCUUCGCCACGACCAACGGCACCCGAUUCACCAUCGACGGGGAAACGCAGUACCUGGUGGGCACCAACGCGUACUGGCUCCCGUUCCUCACCAACAAUGCCGAUGUGGACCUCGCCCUGGACCAGAUGGCGGCGUCGGGCAUCAAGAUCCUGCGCACGUGGGGCUUCAACGACGUGACCAGCAUCCCGACGGACCCCAACACGGUCUGGUUCCAGUACCUGUCGGCCUCGGGAUCCAUCAUCAACGAGGGGCCCAACGGCCUGCAGCGCCUCGACUACAUCGUCGCCGGCGCCGAGAAGCGCGGCCUCAAGCUCAUCAUCCCCUUUGUCAACAACUGGCAGGACUACGGCGGCGUGCCCGCCUACGAGGCCGCCUUUGGCAGGGGCUCGUCGACCUGGUUCAAGCACGAGCCCGCCCAGGCCCAGUACCAGGCCUACGUCAAGGCCGUCGUCUCGCGCUACGCCGCGUCGCCCGCCAUCUUCUCCUGGCAGCUGGCCAACGAGCCCCGCUGCUUCCUGUGCAGCACCGACGACAUCUUCAACUGGGCCACCAAGACCUCCGAGCUGGUCAAGUCGCUCGACCCCAACCAUCUCGUCUCCAUCGGUGACGAGGGUCAGGGCUUGACGGGGGAUGUCUGGACCCCGUACUGGCUCGUCUUUGGCACCGACUUUUGGCGCAACCUGCAGAUCAAGACCAUUGACUUUGGGACCUUUCACAUGUAUCCCACUACAUGGGGCGCCCCUGUGAGCUUUGCGUACAACUGGAUAAAAUCACACGGGUCCAAGUGUGUCGAUGCCGGAAAGCCCUGCUACAUGGAAGAAUAUGGAGUACCCCCUUCCAAGGGACAUUGUGAGGUUGAGAGCCAGUGGCAAAAGUGGGCACUCGAGACCAAGGGCAUUGCUGGUGACGGCUUCUGGCAGAUGGGCACCCGGCUCAGCACCGGCCUGACACAUGACGACACCUUUACCAUCUACCAUGAUACCGACGAGUGGACAUGUCUUGUCACUGACCACGUCGCCCGCGCCAAGAAUGCAUCUUAGACUUGCGCCACUUCGAUAUCUAAUCAUUAAUAAAUAAUGUGUGGGGUUUGAUAAACUUUGGUGUCUGAAUUGCAUGUUGGUGAAAAGAGGAACCGAACUAGCCUUGAGCCACUACCAUGAAGCAAGUAUAAGGUGAGCAUAAUGUACAGAUUAAAUACGCGGUAUGCCGUCUACUGCCAUUGGAAUUACAGCCCUUAAUAAGCAGA